CCACCGACAUAUAAUCGUCAUAACUAAGUAUAUAGCCAAACGAGCUUGUUGCUAUAUCCUUAUUUAGUCCAGGGAAAACUACUGGAAUCGAUUAGACUACGGUGUACAGAUCCUAUUUUGGGGCAUUGCUAUUCUACUUCCACGUCGUUGUGUGGUACAUUCUAGGGUGAUAUGGCAAACACUGUUUGCUGUACUUAAAUAAUUAGCAAUACCCCUUACCUUGCGUUCAAAGGUUGUCUUCAAUAUACAGAUUAUCCUGGUACAGGUACUGUACCAACAAGCAUGCGUGCCCAGAGUAUAAAUUGAAAAACAGGGAAGUUACUUUUCAUUUUUUGAGUAAAAUGAGGUUGGAGUGGGCGUUACUUCCGUCCUGGAUAACUGCACUCUGAUUGGAUGAUCGUCAGCUCAGUUCCAACGCUAGAUCUCCUACGUCAUUUAUUCUUGAGGAUCUGUGUUCAAGUAUUUUAGUAUUUAGCUUGGCGACUAAAUGGUACGGCCUUCAUCUGCUUUACCAGAACACGUUGGAUACGCUUUCUGAAUAGAACUUGAUCAGACCUUUUACCUGGAAGCAAAAUUCUUGACACAGUUAUAACUGCAGUGCUCUGAGGGAAGAUGUCAACCCAAGUCAACAUAGGAGCACGCAGGGACAAGUGUGAGAACUGCACCAAGCAGUGCAACAAGAAGCAAAAUGUGGAAGGCUCCAGUUCCCUGCAGGAGAAGGAGGAGCCUAAUGGAGAGGUGACAGAGUCAUCCCAGGUGUUGCUGAGUGCGUGUCUGUCUUGUGACGGCUGUGUGUCGGAGGAAGAGAGCCAGAAGAUAGCUCAGCAGAACCGGGAGGAGCUGGAGCGAGUCCUGGCCCUCAACAAGAGGUGUGACGUGACCAAUCACAGGACAGUGCUGGUGUCCCUGUGCCCCCAGGCCCUCCCCUUCUUCUCUGUCAAGUUUGGCCUGGGCAUCCCAGACGCCACACACAAGCUCUGUGGAUUCCUCAAGAGUCUGGGUGUGAGGUAUGUGUUUGACACCACUCUGGCAGCUGGCUUCAGUAUCGUGGAGAGCCAGAGAGAGUUCAUCCAGAGGUACCGCCGACGGCACCACGAUGCCCACGCCCUGCCCAUGUUCACCUCCUCCUGCCCAGGCUGGAUCCGGUACGCGGAGCGUGUCCUUGGUACCCUGGUGACCCCUCACCUGUGUACAGCCAGGUCUCCUCAGCAGAUCAUGGGCUCCCUGGUCAAAGACUACUUCUGCAGACAGCAGAUGCUGAGGAGGGAGCAGGUGUACCAUGUGGUGGUGGCUCCGUGCUUCGAUAAGAAACUGGAGGCAGUGAGAGAGGAGUUCUACAGCUCUCUCCUGGAGAGCAGAGACGUGGACUGUGUCCUCACCUCAGGAGAGGUGCUGCUCAUGAUGAAGCAGAGGAGGGUGUCUGUGGAGCAGCUGGACUCCGUCCCUCUAGAUCACAUCCUGGGGGAGGACACAGGGAUGGUCAGACACGAGGGCCGAGGCUCUGAGGGCUUCCUGGAACACGUCUUCAAAUACGCCGCCAAGGAGCUGUUCAGUCUGGAGGUCCACCAGGUCACAUACAAAACCCUCAGGAACCGGGACUUCCAGGAGGUGAGUCUGGAGCAGGAGGGAGAGACCCUGCUGCAGUUUGCGGCCGUGUACGGCUUCAGGAACAUCCAGACCCUGGUCCACCGCAUGAGGAAGGGACGCCUGCCUUACCAGCUGGUGGAGGUUCUGGCCUGCCCCGGAGGAUGUGUGAGUGGCCGUGGGCAGGCGGAGGGGGAGGCGGGGGCGCAGGCAGGGGGGCGUGUGGACAAGGCCCUGGUCCAGCAGAUGGAGGAGGCCUACAGCAGCCUGCCAGUCAGCCUCCCAGAGACCAGCCCCAGCCUCCACACCCUGUACCAGGACUGGCUGGAGGGCCAGGACUCCCCACAGGCCAGAGCACUGCUCCACACCCAGUACACCCAGCAGCCCGCUGGCCAGGCCCACACACAGCCCCCUCACAUCCAGUGGUGAGGAGAGGUGCAGGGGGAGGGACCGUAGGGUUGGACCUGGCUCCACCAGAGGAGCGUGGUGGGGGAGCUCUUAGCUCCACCAGAGGAGCGUGGUGGGGGAGCUCUUAGCUCCACCAGAGUAGCGUGGUGGGGUGAUGACGUCACCUCUGGGUUCAGACAGGGGUCGUUGUGAGGUACUGGCCACAUGACUGCUCUCCUCUCCCUCUGAAGCCCCCCAGAGGGCAGCAGGAUCGCUCCCCUCUCCCUCUGAGGCCCCCCAGGAGGGCCAGCAGGAUCGCUCUCCUCUCCCUCUGAGGCCCCCCAGGAGGGCCAGCAGGAUCGCUCUCCUCUCCCUCUGAGGCCCCCCAGGAGGGCCAGCAGGAUCGCUCCCCUCUCCCUCUGAGGCCCCCCAGGAGGGCCAGCAGGAUCGCUCUCCUCUCCCUCUGAAGCCCCCCAGAGGGCAGCAGGAUCGCUCUCCUCUCCCUCUGAAGACCCCCAGAGGGCAGCAGGAUCGCUCUCCUCUCCCUCUGAGGCCCCCCAGGAGGGCCAGCAGGAUCGCUCCCCUCUCCCUCUGAGGCCCCCCAGGAGGGCCAGCAGGAUCGCUCUCCUCUCCCUCUGAAGCCCCCCAGGAGGGCCAGCAGGAUCGCUCUCCUGUCCCUCUGAGGCCCCCCAGAGGGCAGCAGGAUCGCUCUCCUCUCCCUCUGAAGCCCCCCAGGAGGGCCAGCAGGAUCGCUCUCCUCUCCCUCUGAAGCCCCCCAGGAGGGCCAGCAGGAUCGCUCCCCUCUCCCUCUGAAGCCCCCCAGAGGGCAGCAGGAUCGCUCUCCUCUCCCUCUGAAGCCCCCCAGGAGGGCCAGCAGGAUCGCUCCCCUCUCCCUCUGAGGCCCCCCAGAGGGCAGCAGGAUCGCUGUCUCCCUGGCGAUCUCUUCCUGAGUUUGAUGGCUGUGGGAUGUAAGGACCAGUGGAUGGGAGUCCUCUUUCUGUGACCCCUACCAGCCACUAGGGGGCAGGAUUUCCUCUCUUAUCUGCAGCAAAUAGUAGAAACCCGGAAGGUUGUUUCACUGUUUCAGCUGGACUGCCAGUAUAGUGAUUCAUGCAGCGACUAUAAAUGUAAUGCAUGGUCACCGUGUCAUAACUCAUAACAUACUACCUUAUGUGCUUCAUGUUGGCCUUGUGCUUCACGGGGCUGCGUCUCAACACUCAGGUCGGCUGAGUCUCAACACUCUCAGGUAGGCUCCUCUGCCAGAGAAGUGGACUAAUAAAGUUAAAUACAAAAGAAGUUGUUUUUAUCCAUUGCUUUGUGUGGGCUAAUCUGUCGACAGUGCAGGUUCAAACUGCUGCCAGGCUGCACCAGUCAAACCAGUCACACCAGUCCACUGUUGUGCCCAGUCUGCGUCCAGGGAAGAGAGACAUUUAUACAAAUCUAAGUCCACAAGUGCUUAUUUUCAAGCCGUACAGAGCAUCGUUUAAUUGUAUUGUUAAUUCGUUAUGACCAUUUUAAAGUGGGUUGUUGUGGUCGCAAAGACCAAGUGUUUUUUUUAUUUUAUUAUUGCGCCGCAUGCUGUCACACAUUGUCGAGCAUUAAAAUAACUUCAACAGGA